AUUUAAUGUAUUCGCUCCAGGCCCUGGCGGAGUUUCCAAGAUUUCAAAAUGGCGGCAAGUUUUGACAACGAACAAACGAGUCGAAGGUUACAAGGCAACUUGCGAGAGCUAAGCACCGACCGGCCUGUUCUCUCAACCCUCUCACAGAAAGGAGACGAUAAUCUGGUGAAGCAGUUUUUAACAGAGAAUGUUCAAAUUGAGGGAGGGGCUAAUGAGAAGUUGCAAAGUCAAUUAUACAUUGCAUGCUUUUGGGGUUUUGUUGAUGUUGUGAAAAGUCUCCUGGAUGGGGGUGCAGAUGUCAAUGCACAAAAUAAAAACUCAGGCUGGACUCCCUUACAUGCCGCCUCUUUCCAAGAACAUGGGAAGAUAAUUAUGUUGCUUUUAGAGAAGGGUGCGAACCCAGAGGUUUCUGAUGCUGAAGGGAGGACUCCUAAGGACUUUGCUUCAGCAUCUGAUAAGACAUGGUCUCACUUUGCAGCUCGUGGCUGUAGAAGAACAACAAAGCAAGAUCUUAUUGACAAGGGUAUUAUUAGAAAGCUGACUCCAGAAGAAAAAUGUCCCUCUGCAGGAGUAAGCAACAGGCCUGGUUCAGGCUCUAAACUAGCGGCAUAUUCAAGACCUGGCUCAGCAUACGUCGUCAAGAGAGACAUCGCGGAUGCUCAUGGAGACUCAGUGUUGCAAGGCCCCACUGACGUCCUCUCAUCGACGGAACCAUCUGCAAAAACUGCGAGGCCAGGAUCAGGAAAUCAGCCCAAUUUUUUAGUAUGGAGAUCGUGAGCGUUAUCAACUCGUUUGAAAAAUUCAUUUCUUCAUACGCCUUAGCCAUGUAGUUGGUGUGAACCUUCCUGUGUGAACACUGAUUUAUACUAACAAGUACAGAAGUAGAAGGUGGCAACUGAUCCCCGUGUGAAAACGCAUUUAUUCUGACGUCUUCAGGUAGAGGUACCAUUUUUAUCAAGGACAUCGGGACUUUCUUUUUAUAAUAGGUUUCUCUGUUUGUAAAUAAACCUUAUUUUGAUAGUGUU